AUACUUUUUUUUUUUUUUUUUUUUUUUUUAGCUUCUUCGAACAUCUGAGGAGCAAAUCAUAACUGUCAUGUUCCGAGUUGCUUGGCGACUGAUGCUCCCGGCGAUGGCGGCGGAUCGGCGGUAUAAAUAGAACAGAGGGAUUCGACAGUGGACACACACCGCAGCUGACGCGCAGACUUCCACGUGUGAUGCGCUUUUGAUUUGUUUAUUAAAGAAGUGGAAUUCGUUCAUCACAGGAGGGAAAAAACCCCACAUCUUGUCCACUUGUUGAGAAGCUCUGGAGAUGUGGUGGAGGCCGUUUCCACGGUGGAUCUGUUUCCUGGUGUUUCUGUCAGGAUGGAUGGAGUUCCAGCUCGAAGCCUUCCCCCAAACCACCUACUCACAUGCCGGCAUGUGCCCCAAUGACGUGAACCCCAACCUGUGGGUGGACGCCAUGAGCACCUGCACAAGAGAGUGUGACUCUGAUCAGGAGUGUGAGUCCUUUGAGAAGUGUUGCUCCAAUGUGUGUGGAAAUCGGAGCUGUGUGGCAGCUCGCUAUGUGGACGGCAACAAGGGACCUGUGGGAAUGCCCAAGGAGGCCACCUGUGCCAGUUUCAUGUGCCCCCAGCAGGGAUCUGAGUGCCAUAUCUGGGAUGGCCAACCAAUGUGCAAAUGCCGGGAUCGCUGUGAGCGAGAACCCCACUUCACCUGCGCGUCUGACGGCAUGACCUACUACAACAAGUGCUACAUGGACGCGGAGGCGUGCUCCAAGGGCAUCACCCUGUAUGUUGUCACCUGCCACGUCCACCUCACCUGGCCUCACACCAGCCCUUCACUGCUCCAGGUAACCACACUUCACACGACCACUGCUCCGCUUCACGCUACUACCCCACCGCCGCCUGACCCUCAACCACCUGUCAUGGUCAGCAGCCCCGCCCACCAGUUCAUCAACGAGGGCAGCACAGCUAGUUUCUUGUGUGACAUUGAGGGUCGCCCCCCUGAGAUCACCUGGGAGAAGAAAGGGCGAGGGCUGAUCAUGAAGCGCAACCAUGUGCAUGGUAACAUGGUAGUCACCAACAUCGGUCAGCUGGUCAUCUUCAGCGCCCGACCCCACGACUCAGGUGUCUACACCUGCACAGCUCAGAACCCAUCUGGCUUAUUGCAAGCGCAACAUCCGCUGACUGUGCUGCCCACAAAACCGACGGUCCAUGCAGAACCAAAGAACAUGAUGCGAUGUCAGCCUGAGGAGUGCCACAAACCCUCUGAUAUCCCAGAGGAUUGUGGGAGUGACCAAGAAAAAGUCAGCUGGUAUUACGAGCCCAAGACCAACAACUGCUUCUCCUUCACCUAUUGCCAUAGCAACAGCAACCUGCAGUCCAGAAGAGUGUUGGAGACAUAUGAGGAGUGCAUGCAGUGCUGUGGUCCGGAGCUGUCGGGCCCCUGUGGGCUGCCCAGCCUGCAGGGGCCCUGUAAGUCCUAUGUGCCACGUUGGGCCUACAGCAGCACCUUUAGGGAGUGUCAGUCCUUCAUCUAUGGAGGCUGCGAGGGCAAUGACAACAACUUUGUUUCCAAAGAAUCCUGCGAAGACACAUGUCCCUAUCCGAAAAAUCACCACUGCAAGGCUUGUAAGCCACGAGGCAAGAUGGUGACGAGCUUUUGCAGGAGCGACUUUGUGAUCCUAGGUCGCAUGACAGAACUAACAGAAGACCACGACUCGGGCCACGCACUUGUGACUGUGGAAGACAUCCUCAAGGAUGAGAAGAUGGGUCUUCGUUUCUUUGGGACGGAGCCUCUUGAAAUCACCUUUGUCAACAUGGACUGGAACUGUCCCUGUCCAAACAUCACCCGGGCCGCUGCAGAGGGCCAGGUCAUCAUCAUGGGCAUCGUGAUCGACGGCAUGGCCGUCCUACAGCCGGAGAGCUACGUGGGCGCUUCAAGCCCGCGGCGCAUACGGAAGCUAAGAGAGGUGAUCUCCAAGAACACGUGUGACAUUCUCAAAGCGAUCACCAACAGCCCUCGUUAGGAGCUCGCCGCUGUGAUCUGCCCGCAAUGUUCAGAUAGAAUCCUCAACCCUGUGACUGCAAACAUCCAGCUUCUUCUGA